AUGAGUUUUUUCUGUUAUUACAGCGGUAGUUAUUCUGGGAUAUGUACUCUAUAUAUCCCUCUGGAAGGAGACUUUUGCACAAUGGCGUUAAGCUCAGAGGAAGUUUAUGAAUCAGUACAGGCAACUGUCGUGGGUAUCCGUGUCUGUGUUCCUGAAGAGACACCAAGUCUUUUUAAAAAUGGCGGCCGAGUUGUUUGCUCCUCUCUGCCUCGGAGAAGAGCCAAAUUGCCUGAUUCUGAACACAGGAUUGGCCCCUCGUUUCGGCAAGUUGUGCUUCAAGAUGGAGCAAUGACAAGUUGUUCACAGGGUUACCUUGAUCUGUCAAGGCAUGUUGUCUCUGUAGAAUUGUGUGGAACGCUUGAAGUUCUCAUAGAGGCCAACUCGCGAUCUGGGGCUAUGGCUGCUCAGGUAUCCAUACAGGCAAGAGAUUGCAAUAUAACUCAAAAUGAGUGUCAACUCGGCGACUCUAAGCUGGAGAUCACUGUUGCUUGGUCCCGUCUUGUUCGGGACAAGCUGUGGAUCACGAGGGGGGCAAAUGAGGAACUUUGA